GCCCGUCUUCCUCAUCCUCUCUCCUCCCGCUCCGAGCAUAUAAAGUUUCUGUGGGCUAUUCUCGGCCCCGACCCGGUAAACACACUGAAAGGUUGCUCAAUGCACCCGCUGGUUGUUUGUGUACUGACACAAAAGUGAUUCGAACAUUACGGGACUGACGCUUUUGAUGAUGUGGUUAACUAUAGCGUCAACAGAGCCUGAAGAUAGGGAGGUCGAACAUGGUCUGUGAACAGGUUUGGGCUGACUUAUUCCAAAAGGAGCACUGUGAUCCUUAGUCUAAAAGGUUAAGUGCACACAAAGAUGAGUGCACGUUUUUUAAGGACGGGUUGGCUUUUUGUUCAAUCAAGUCAGAGUGUAAACAAUAAGAAAUUCUGUAAUAAUAAUAAGUGAACCACCAAAUAUGGUUGUUUAACUUGAAUUCCCCCAAAUAGUAAGGAAAAAUGGAAGCAAUGCUAGCUAAAUUGGCUUAGCAGCCAGCCAGCGUGGCUGCCUGCGGCUGUCCAGCAACACAAGUACAAAGAAGGGAAGAAAGGAACAAUAUGUGGGGAAUAAGUACAUCAUCGCCACAGAGGGAAAGUCAGUAAUCAUCCCAAAAAAACCUAAAAGGAAGCAACAGGGCCAACAGAAGCUAGAGGAGGCCCCUCGGUAUGUUUCAUCCACUAUGUCUGGUGCACGCGCAGGGGGAAAACCGCAGCUGAGUCACUGGGACAAGGAGGCCCGGUCUUCGGCCGGGACCGUACGUUGAUGCGUCACAGAGCCUGCAGUGUGUGAACCCUGUGUGGAAUGCGUGUGUCCAGGCUCUCAGUCAUGUCGCUGGUGUUCUGCUCUGUGGAACACCGGAGAGGAGGAGGCCUAGAGAGAGGAGACGGCAUAGAGAGAGCGGGACAACCUUUGAGUCAAUCUCCCGGUAAAGAGACGCCCGUGUAUUUUAGGAAGGAAUGAUCAUCCCUAAAUCCCUAGGCAUCUAGGAGUGUGUGUGUGCGUUGGUAAGAGUGUGUGUGUUGAUAACCUCUACUGUUCCGCAAGAGGCAGGGCACACUCUUGGUGGGUUUUGUUUGCAAGGACAACGUUUUAAGUGUGGAAGGUUAUUAUCAUGGUGUUGAAUGCAUAACAAUUCUUGAUGACAACAUUAUACCAAUUUUUUAUAGGCUCCAAUAACCCUUAAACUAAACUCUUAUUACUGCUGAACUAAGCAGCAGGUGCAGCAGUAGUUAUAGACGCCUAUAGAAUUCAUGUCUGCGCUCACGUACGGCAAAUCCAAUUAUCUUUCUCUUUUACCUUUCAGCACAGUAUGUGAUCUUCCAUUACCAGUUAUAUUAUCACAUUAACAAAAAAACCCGGUGUAAACCACAAAUCCACGUCUGCUUUCCUAGCUCAUUAUGUUCUAAUUGAUGUUCUAAUAGUCCCAAGGCAAAAUAACUUCCUAAUUUGCCGCUAUGAGCCUAUUCAACACUCUUAAUCAUUUUCUAGGAAACUCAAAAGACAACCAAGAAUACUUUCUCCCAGGAUUCCUGUACUCUUCUCCCAACAAGCAUAGAGAACAAGACAUGUUUUCUAUGUCUCCAUAUAAUCAACUAGUUUGGUUUGUUCUCCUUAGAUGAUUGGUGGACUAUUAUGACAGGGGGCCGUGUGUUUUUGUCCUGGCUCAGCUGGCACUAGUCCUGUUAGAGACUUGUUCUGGUUGGGGGAUUGUCGGGGUGUGGGUGUGUUCCCCCUCCCCCCCUGCCUGGAUAUGGACACUGCCGCUGUAUUUAUAGCUCCUGAGCAGGAGGCACACGCACUAUUUUUCAAACUCAGCUAAGUAGCUAGUCAUCCGCGCCGACCGAGCAACUGACUGUUGUAUGUUCUAGAAACGGGACGGUUUUUACUGUGGAGCCGGCCUGUGAGGGCCCCUCAGAUGUCAAGUCGAGUGCUCUGAACAGCCCCAGCCGAGAGCGACACACCCAACCCGGGGAUCAGAGAUGGAGAAGCCCGCGCUGCUGACGCAGCCGUCCACGCUGCCCUUCUUCGACACGGCGCACGCCUUCAACCUCCUGCGGGGGAUCCACGAGCUGCGCGCCGAGCGCAAGUUCUUUGACGUCACCCUGAGCGCCGAGGGCCAGGAUUUCCACUGCCACCGCACGGUGCUGGCCGCCGCCAGCACCUACUUCCGGGCCAUGUUCACCGGCACGCUGCGGGAGAGCGCCAUGGACCGCGUGGUCCUGCACGAGGUUUCGGCCGAGCUGCUGGGUCUGCUGGUGGACUUCUGCUACACGGGCCGCGUCACCGUCACCCAGGACAAUGUGGACAUGCUGCUGAAGACGGCCGACCUCUUCCAGUUCCCCUCGGUCAAGGAGGCCUGCUGCGCCUUCCUCGAGCAGCGGCUGGACGUCUCCAACUGCCUGGAGAUCCAGGACUUCGCCGAGGCGUACGCCUGCCGCGACCUGGCGGCCAGCGCCCGGCGCUACGUCCUCAAGAACAUCAUGGACCUGGCCAAGGGCACGGACUUUGAGAAGCUGACGUGGAAGCGCCUGCUGGAGAUCGUGUCGGACGACGAGCUGAGCGUGGACAAGGAGGAGACGGCCUACCAGAUCGCCACGCGCUGGGUGAAGGCGGACCUCAAGCGGAGGCUGCACUAUUGGCCCGAGCUGCUGCAGCAGGUGCGGCUGCCCUUCGUGCGGCGCUUCUUCCUGCUGGCCCACGUGGAGAGCGACCCGCUGGUCUACCUGUCGCCCACCUGCCUGCGCAUGGUCAGCGAGGCGCGCAGCUUCCAGUCCAGCGAGUACGACCGCCACGACCGGCCCUGCAACCGCAUGCGGCCGCGCUCCUCCACGGGCCUGGCCGAGAUCCUGGUGGUGGUGGGCGGCUGCGACCAGGACUGCGACGAGUUGGUGACCGUGGACUGCUUCAACCCCCAGACGGGGCAGUGGCGCUACCUGGCCGAGUUCCCCGACCACCUGGGCGGCGGCUACAGCAUAGCGGCCUUGGGGAACGACAUGUAUGUCACAGGUGGCUCUGACGGCUCCCGGCUCUACGACGGCGUGUGGCGCUACAAGUCGAGCGUGAACGAGUGGACGGAGGUGUCGCCCAUGCUGAAGCCCCGCGAGUACCACAGCUCCUGCGUUGUGAAGGGCCAGCUGUACGUGGUGGCGUCCGACAGCACCGAGCGCUACGACCACGCGCUGGACUGCUGGGAGGCCCUGCCGCCCAUGCUGCACGCCAUGGACAACUGCUCCACCACCACGUGCAACGGGCGCCUGUACGCCAUCGGCUCGCUGACGCCCGAGGACACCAUGGCUAUUCAAGGGUAUGACGGCGAGACCAACCGCUGGUCGCUGGUGAGCGCCGGCCAGCUGCCGCCCUGGUCCUUCGCCCCCAAGACCGCCACGCUGGACGGCCUCAUCUACUUCAUCAGGGAUGACUCUGCUGAGGUGGACGUUUUCAAUCCAAAAAAGAACGAAUGGGACAAGAUCAGCCCAAUGAACCAGGUGCACGUCGGUGGCAGCGUGGCGGUACUAGGCGGGAAGCUGUACGUGUCAGGCGGCUACGACAACACCUUCGAGCUGUCGGACGUGGUGGAGGCCUACGACCCGGCCACCCGUGGCUGGGUCAUCGCCGGCCGCAUGCCCCAGCCUACCUUCUGGCACGGCAGCGUCAGCAUCUUCCGCCAGUUCAUGCCCCUUGUGGUCAGCACCUUCGAAGCCGCGGAGAUCCCCGACUCCAACGCGGUCCGCCUGCACCGACAACACAACCGUCAGCAGGCACUGCUCAACCUCCACAACAAUCUCAACCAGAACCAUGACGUGAACCCGGCCCGCUGAGGAACGGAGGCCACACCCGCAGUACUCUCUCUUUAUCUCCCUCCAGCCUCCUGGAGGGAGAUGGAGUUGGCCUCAAAAACAGGUUUCACUGUAAAUUCACCUCCUGGACAUGUGGAAGCUGUACGAGAAGCAGAAGAAGAAGAAGCACUUUGGUACUAUGAAGGUUUUCCCAUCUGACAUCCUCGCGGUCGGCAAGCCUGCUAUUCUGCCAUCGAUGAUCAGCGCUCAUGGUUAUGGGUCGGUCUGAUGGACUAAAGGAUUUGACAGACCCAGUUAGAUGUUUCCCGGACAUCCCUGACAGUUUUUUGGAUAGCGGUUGAUUUUUUUCGUCAGUUAAAAUAAAAAUGUAGCACGGUUGAGGUCGAGAAUCCGUUGAGAAUCAAUAAUAUCCCCGACACCCGCUAACAUUCCUAAAGCUUAAGUCCCGACCGUUUGUUAGCUAGAUCCACACGGACAUGCUCUGUGGGGGCUGAUUCGCCAAUGUUAUGUAGAAUGUCACGUGUACAAUAAUCCCAGGUCCACGUAUUCUAACUCCUGAUUAUGAAUUUGACUAAACAACAGCUCCCAUCUCUGUUGUUGUCAAGUGUUGCACCUUUUAAAGCUGUUUACAAUCUUGCUGAGUUUCAAAUUGCAAUUCAUCACUUUUAUUUUAUCAUUUUUGUCAGAGAAGAAAACUAACCUCUUUAGCGUUUUGAAAAACUUAACCAAACUCUAGACAUUUUCUUGAUGUGGUCUAAAUCGGACAGGUUGCCCUAUUAAAAAUAAUGUUCACUCCUGAUCCUUGGCAGAGAUAUUUCUGGGUUCCAGUACAUAAUGUGCAUGGAAAAGUAUAUUUUUGAAUGUUUUCUUUUUUAUAUAUAUUUAUGCUUUUGUAUUGUUUUAUUAGUUGUAACCCAGCAGUGGUUUGCGGUGGUGGAUUUUCAAACACAACUGGAAGUGCUACAAAUCUCUCAAUUUGUUUUUUUGUAAAAUAGUCUUCGAAGUAACACUUUUCUUAAUAGGUUAUGUUGUUUUCAUACAUAUAUUAGUAUUGUUUAAGCUAUUUUCCUAUAUAUAUCCUUCGUUGCCUGAAUGUAAUGUGUUUGUGUAACAUUGAUGUCUCGAAGGGUAGCAGAAAUAAAACCCAGUCUGUGUAGUAUGCUGCUUCAUGUCUGUUUUGCUGCUUUUGACAGUCAAGCUACACUAAUCUAAUUCAUGGUCUGUGGUGAACAAGACAAGGUUAAAUGAGCAAAUAAGUUACAGCCUCUUAUGCUCCAGGAUGAUCAGUUUUUGAUUGGUGAGGUCACUGAUCUUGACCAAUGAUUUUGUUGCAGCCGAUAAGACCGAUUUCUAUUUCCUCUUCUUCGAAUUUGCACCCCAUGUUACUGCUUUCUUGUCUUUAAUACUAAACAACCAAUAAAGCAAUGGUUUAUUUUUUC